GACAUUCGUUGGACGCAGAGGACAAACGUCCUCCACAGACCUCUGGACCUCCUGUUUGUCCUCUACCUGGUCCUGGCUCUGGGCUUCUGUGUUUUCAGAGGACUGAUCGCUCUGGACUGCCAGGACAAACGGUGUCAGGACUACAGCCAGCUGUACGAGCCUUACCUGAAGGACCCCUCAGGCUAUCCUAAAGUCCAGAUGCUGGUGGGCAUGCUGUACUCUGGACCGUACUACGUCUUUGCUCUGUAUGGGCUGCUGGUCCCAGGAUGUGACUGGAUGCCAGACCUGACCCUGGUACACUCAGGAGCUCUAGCACAG